AUGAUUGCUCCAUAUCAACCACCCAUUCUCACGUUUCCAGUGCCUCUCUCCUGUGCUCCACAACCAGACCAGAAUGACAUAAAGCCAACCUCUAAUACUUCGGAAAUGGAAAAUAAACAGUGCAUUCCUAAAGUGGAUAUCAUGUUCAUGAAGACUCAUAAAACUGCCAGCAGCACAUUUCUGAAUAUCCUGUUCCGUUUUGGGGAGAAGCAUAAACUCAAAUUCGCCUUCCCCAACAGCAGAAAUGAUUUCUUCUAUCCCUCAUCUUUCCAUCGCACACACGUCCAAGGCUACAAAUCUGGAAUGUGCUUUAACAUCUUGUGCAACCACAUGCGAUUUAAUGCAUCUGAAGUGGCCAAUGUGCUGCCUAGAGAUACUUCAUACAUCACAAUCCUGCGAGAUCCAGCAGAGCUCUUUGAGUCAUCUUUUCAUUAUUUUGGUCAUGUUGUUCCUCUGACAUGGUGGAUACAUCAUGAGGAUAAGAUGGCAGAGUUCCUGCAUGACCCCAACUACUAUUUCAGUCCAGAUGGAUUUAACUCCUUCUACCUGAAAAACCUGCUCUUCUUUGACUUCGGGCAGGACAACAACCUGGAUCCAGAUGACCCACGAGUAGAUGAAAGCAUCAGAGCCAUUGAUGAGCGUUUCCACCUGGUCAUGCUGAUGGAGCACUUCGAGGAAUCACUCAUCCUGCUUAAAGAUGCCUUGUGCUGGAACAUGGAUGACCUCCUCUUCUUUAAGCUCAACUCCCGCAAGAAAUCCACCGUAUCAAAACUGACCCCUGAGUUGAGGGUCAAGGCCCUGGAAUGGAACAGCAUUGACUGGAAACUUUACAAACAUUUUAACAUGACCUUCUGGAAGAAAGUGGAAGCGUACGGAAGGAAACGCAUGGCAAAGGAUGUCGCAGAACUCAAGCAGAGAAAUGCAGAGAUGAUGGAGAUCUGCAUUGAAGGAGGUCAUUCCGUAGAUGCUGAACGCAUUCAUGAUGCAGUCAUGCAACCAUGGCAGCCGAUCGGGGAAAAGAACAUCAUGGGAUACAACAUGAAAAAUACUGUAGACAAAGAGUAUCGGGAAUUGUGCCGAAAGAUGCUAACCCCAGAAAUUCAAUAUCUGACAGAUUUAGGAGCUAACCUGUGGGCCACAAAGCUACUGAGCCGAGUGAGAAAUCUCAUUAAUUGGUGA